UCUUUUUUUCAUAGCCAAGAUGGCAGAGGGAGACGCAAAGAAGUCUGCCAAGAAGAAGCAUGGGAGCCGGAACCCGGUUCUGGCCCGGGGCAUUGGCCGCUACUCCCGGUCAGUGAUGUUCGCCCGCAGGGCCAUGUAUAAGCGCAAGACCAAGACCGCUGAGACCAAGGUGGAGAAAAAGAUGAAGGUGAAGCCCCAGGCUACAGUGGUUAAAACUGUUGGAGGAGACAAGAAUGGAGGCACUCGUGUUGUCAAGCUGCGCAAGAUGCCCCGCUACUACCCCACAGAGGAUGUUCCCCGCAAACUGAAGAGCCAUGGGAAAAAACCCUUCAGCCAGCACAAGAGGAAGCUGCGUGCCUCCAUCACCCCAGGAACUGUCCUCAUUCUGCUCACUGGUCGCCACCGUGGAAAGCGUGUGGUGUUCCUGAAGCAGCUCUCAAGUGGUCUCCUGCUUGUCACUGGCCCCCUUGCCUUGAACAGAGUCCCCCUGCGCAGGGCUCACCAGAAGUUCGUCAUUGCCACGAACACCAAAAUCGACCUCUCUGGCAUGAAGAUCCCCAAAACCCUGAAUGACACCUACUUCAAGAAGAAGAAGCUGAGGAGGCCCCGUCACCAGGAGGGAGAGAUCUUUGAUACAGAAAAAGAGAAGUACCAGCUGACAGAGCAGAGGAAGGAGGACCAGAAAGCUGUUGAUUCUCAGCUUCUGCCUCUGAUCAAGAAAGUCCCACAGUUGAGAGGGUACCUGCGCUCUUCUUUCUGCCUGUCUAAUGGGGUCUUCCCCCACAAGCUGGUUUUCUAAAUGUGUUGUAAUAAAGAGUACCACCGUCACAUGAA